CUUCAGUCUCACACAGUUCCUUUCUAUCUCCACUUUGAACUCACUCUUGUCGUUUGAAUCCUUAACGUCCCUUCGCCUCCCAUCAAAUUCCAUCAGAAAAGCCUCUCAUUCAUGUAGAAGUUUUCUCUUUUAAAAAAUCCCUCAAACUUCCCCCAAUUCACUGUUUCUAGGGUUUAUGAACUCUUGGCUCCACAGAAAAUGACGAGCCACGGCGGCGGCGAGAGGAUUCACACAGUACAGCCGGAGAGAGAUUUGGUUGCGAAUUGGGAAGUCGAUUUGUCGGAGAAGCUAGAGGAGUACCUCCUCAAAAUCUGCUCCGGUGAAAUCACCGGAACUGAAGAAGAUUCGCCUGUCAAUUUCGCCGAAGCUGCUUUGCUGCUUCAGGGUUCGGUUCAAGUUUACAGCAAGAAAGUGGAGUACUUGUACAACUUGGUCUUACGUACAUUGGAGUUUCUAUCUAACCAAAGAGAGCAAGAAGAGUCCAAAGGUACUUCAAAUGAGGCUGAGGCAAGCUCCUCUCGUCAGGUUGAUGAAGAAGAAACUGAUCUCUUCUGGAAUGUGGAUGACAUCCCAGUUGACGCAAAGAAUAGCUUGGACAACUCGGUUAGUGGAGAUUCCUGUCCAAGUCAGUUUGUCAAGCCUCCAGCAAAUCUAGUUGUUCUUGAAGGUGACUGCUUGGAUACUAGUGGUGACGGAGGAGAACUUGAAUCAUAUCUGUUAGCAACUACGCAUCUCUACCGAGACUUUAUUCUAUUAGACCCAUGUGAUGCUGUAGCGGUGAAUGAAUUUUUAGGUGGUAGCUAUACCGGUAAAGGAAAGACCAGUUCUCACAGAGGCAGCUCAGGUCGUAAAAGUUUUCACUCAGGACGUUCUGGAGGAAGUGCCCGUAGAUCAUCAUUGGGAAACAAUCAGGGCAGUAAGGGUCCAGAUGCUCAGAACUGUGACCAACGGUCUCAUCCUUCUCCUCCUCCUGACUUUGGAGACAAUGAUCAUGGUUUUGACAUGGAUAAUGACCAUGGAGGAACCAUGGAUUUGAAUGAUACAGAUGAUGAUGAAGAUGAUCCGUGGAAGCCAUUGAAUCCCUAUGAGGCAGGGAAGUUGAAAGUAAAACCUUUCAAAAAAGUGAAAACUUUGAGAAAGUUUGGAGGGAGCCUUACCAAGGACAAUAUCACUUCCAUGUUUCCUCUUGCUAAACCCAAUGGUCCCAUCAGUACAGAGCUCACCGGAGUUUGGGAGAAGCUCCGUUCUGCUAGGGAAGAUAACAGAGAACCACAAGACAUUCCUUAUACCGAGAAGCUUCGAGCAAUGCUUGUUAAUGGAGGAAACCUACCUACUGAUGCUAACGGCAAUGACAAGGAAGGCGUUAAAGAUAACCAUGAUGGCGACUUCCAUGAUUUUGGUGAUGAUCAUGAACCUGCUUUCAUGGAUGAAGAUGCUCCCGUUAUGAAUGAUGGUGGAGCUGCAGAUUUCCCCAACUAUGAUGGAUUUGGAAACGAAGACUCACAUUGUCAAGAAAGCUUGGAAGAUCUUUGCCGCUCACACCUGGAUGCUCUUCUUGCAAACAUAGCUAAAAAUGAGAAACAAACAGAUCUGGCUGCUAGGGUUUCAUCAUGGAAGCAGAAAAUAGAGCAAAACCUAGAAGAACAAGAGCUACACCCUCCUUUUGACAUUCGAGAAUACGGUGAAAGGAUUCUCAAUAAGCUGACUGAUGAAGAGAGUGGACACGUGGAGGCCUUUACCGAUCUAAUGAAAGACCAAGAGAAGCACGAUGUAGCCAGAGCUUUUUCUGCACUUCUCCAGUUGGUGAACAAUGGAGAGGUUGAUCUCGAAAAACCUGGCAACUCUGUAGGCGAACCGGUGUGUUACACAGCGGCUAAUCCUUUCAGCGUACGGUUACUCAGUGAUGGUAACAGAAAGAGUGAGAAAAGAAGAAUGGAUUUACCUCGGAAACGAGCUAAGUCCCCAAUAGCCAAAGAGAAAGCUCACGAGUCACCACCACCUAAGAAGGCAAACAGAACGUCUUCUGUGUCAAGCCAGACACGGAAAGUUGCGUUGAAGAUCAACAGUGUGGGGGUGAGAUGCACACCGAACGGGAAGAAGAGAGGAAAAGGUCGAUCUGAUGAGGUAGUUGUAGUAGGAGAGGUAAGUGAGGUUUCUUCAGUUAAAAACACUGUGGGAAGCUGAGGAAAGGCUAGUGAUAGUGUGAGUGAACUGAUUAGAAUGUAGUUAGGUGUGUGUGAUUUCAAUCGGACAGUUACGAAACUCUUGUAACUGUCUGUCUGCUAUCUAAUUUAUUAUGAAGUCAUUGUCUGAAGUAGUAGUAGUAUGUUGUAAUAAUAACACUGAAAAUUCCACUUUUGAGGAUCUGUUAACAUAGAGGUUGCUUUUGGAGUCUUGUUUUUUUUUUCUGAAGGAAUUCGAAUGUUAAAAGUUCAUGUAACACCAAAAUUGUACCAAUUUCAACUUAUUCG